AUGACUGGAAAAGCCAAAGACAGGGAUGUGUGUGGACUUCAAAGUUCUGUACCCUGCACAGGAGUAUUUCUCCAUAUCCUAAACUGUUUUCUUUUGUUGCUGCUCCAGAAAGAGGUACUUGGCUGUCCAUCCGUCUGCCAGCUCUGCACUGGGAAACAAGUUAACUGUCGUAACUUAGGUCUUUCAAGCAUUCCAAAGAACUUUCCAAAAAGUACAGUACUUGUAUACCUCAGUGGGAAUAAUAUAUCGCAUGUAAUUCCAAAUGAAUUAACAGGCCUUCAGAAGCUUGCUGUGCUUUAUUUGGAUAAUUCCAGCAUUUCAUAUGUGCAUCCAAAGGCUUUUGUUGAACUUAGUAAACUGUGCUACUUACAUCUAAAUAAUAAUCAUAUAAAACGUUUGGAUCCAGGAAUAUUUGAAGGGCUUUCAGAUCUUCAUUGUUUAUACCUUCAGAAUAAUCAAAUAUCUUUUGUUCCUAGAGGAUUAUUUAGUGGUCUUAUUUCAGUUCGAUACUUAACGCUUGAACGAAAUCGCCUCAGUAUCCUUGGAAGUGGCACUUUCUUGGGAAUGAUUAGUCUUCAAACGCUUAACCUAGCCAACAAUAAGAUUUCACGGAUAUCAGAUACAGCGUUUCAUCACCUUGGAAACCUUGUGUAUUUGUACCUUGAAGGUAAUAAUUUAACACACGUGCCAUCAAAGGCCAUUGGAAUACUUAAAAAUCUAGAAAGACUUUUCUUGUCUCACAACCCUGUUGGGUCAAUACAUCCUUUUGCAUUUAAAGGACUUGACAGGCUUGAAUAUCUAUCUUUAAAAAGUGCAAAAAUAAAAAGCAUUGUCGUGAAUGGAUUUGCUGGAUUAAAUAACCUUAAAAAGUUAAUUUUAAGCCAUAAUGAUUUAGAACAUGUAAAUUCCAACACUUUUACUUUGUUGCAUAAUUUAAUGUACCUGCAACUAGACAAAAAUAAAAUAGUUAGUAUUGGCGAUAAUACAUUUGAAAAAAUGGGAUCUUCUUUGAAGAUUCUAAAUCUAGCAUCUAAUAACCUUACCGAUUUGCAGCCGAAAGUGCUCAAGCCUUUGGUUUCAUUAACUCAUCUACAGGCAAAUAACAACCCUUGGAACUGUAGCUGCACACUGCUUGGGCUACGUAAUUGGCUAGCAUCAUCUUCAAUCUCUGUCAAAAUCCAUUGUCAAAAUCCCUCAAGAUUGCGUGGUAGACCUUUGCAUUAUGUUAAAUGGACCGAAUUUACAAACUGUGCUAUCACUACCACUAAUCCAGAAACCGCUUGGAGUGUAGCAUCUGCAGGUGUCCAUCAUAGCACCACCACUUUAGUGAUGGCAUCGCAUAUGGUAACCAAAUAUGAUACACUUGUACAUUUGGAAAAUGCUGGAACUAGACGUGUUACUUUCUGGGGAAGAGCUCCAACCACAUCUGCCAGUCAAUUUCUUUAUGAAGAAUAUGUUGCUGGGAAUCCAUCAGAAGCAACGACAGUGUUAUCAGUAUUACCAGUGCAAACAGCUGCACAGAUUGUGCCAGUUAACUUGACCAUGGAACAGAAAAAUAUAUUUCCUCCAGAUGCUGCAUCUGUAUCCUUAAAAACAUCUCUAAUCUGUACACAGCAGAUGGAGAAACUGAAUCGGGCAUUUGACAUUUUAUUAGCCUUUUUCAUUUUGGCUUGUGCUGUGAUCCUUUUCCUAAUCUAUAAAAUCGUCCAGUUUAGACAGAAGCUGAAGGUGCUGGGAGACUCGGUGGAAAAAGGAAUAGAGUACUACAGUUUUUAUGAGGCUGGUAGAUACAAUGUAACUGACCCAGUUCAGUCCCUACCUCAAAAUCCAAUGAGAAGUUCAGAAUUGGACCAAAUUAGGCUUAUCAAACGAACAAUGCCUGACAGUCAGGCACAAGUCAUCUUGUUUGAACAUUCAGCAUUGUAACUUACUCAGCUAGACUUUUGAUGUUGAAUCUAUUGUGGUUUGAAAUGUCAAAAAAUCAAGUGUAUUAAAUUAUCUUAAAAAUAGUUGAAAUUUCUCUGUUCAGUUAACUGGUUGAUGGUUUUGUAGAAAAUGCUAUAAUGUGGAAUUGAUAUCAAUUGAUAUCAGAUGC